AUGCAUGUCUGGCUGGCAGAGGCGACGGCGCGCCAGCGCACUGUGCUGGUGACGCGGUACGAUCCGUAUGAUAAGUCGUCAUCUGCGUCGCUCGUCCUUGCAUUCUCGGUAUCGGGCGACCGGUGCACCUUGUCGUUGCUAUCAGCAGCAGACCUCGAAUGGUCGUCGAUGCAGCGCCUCUCGUCGCCCAACACGCCACUCCUGGGCCUGUUGGGUAUGAUCAAAGUUGGAAAUGAUAUCUUUAUUGGAUGUGUGACGAGCUCGGAGCGCGUGGGAUGCUUGCAGCGUGGCCAAUGGGUCGGGCGCGUACGCGGCGUCGCGUUCUACUGCGUGACCCGCACCUUGUACGACGAGGACAUGUCCCUUGGUGUCGAUCCACAAGAUUACGGACGCGGUGGUGCGUCUGCAGCGCAGGGAGAGACGCCCUGUGCGUCGAUCCGCAAGUACAUUGCGUCGGGGUCGUUCUACUUCGCCGAAAAAGGCGCCUUUGAUAUGACGCAGCACGUUGCGCGCAUAACGUCGCGCAGCGACGUUGACGAGUCGUUUCGCUCGCAAUUUGCAUGGAACGCCUACAUGAUGGAGCCAAUCCUCGAGUUUCGUUCGCGCCUCGACACGUCGCAGCGGAGUGAGCUGGACAAGGAGGCGCUGCUCUCGCUCGUCAUCCAGGGCUACGUUGGGAUGACUAGCGUCCCGCUUGGCCCCGACCGUGCAUCGAAAGGCACUCUCGCCGUAAUCAGCCGGCUGAGCUCACGUAAGGCCGGCACACGCUUCAAUGCACGCGGCAUUGACGACCAAGGCAACUCGGCCAAUUUUGCCGAGACCGAGACGGUGCUCGCGUACGGUGACGAGCUCUUUAGCUACGUACAGCUGCGUGGAUCUGUCCCCAUCUUUUGGGAGCAACAAGGACUGCAGGCCCUCAAUGCACGCAUCCAAAUCACGCGCACCGGCGCUGCCUCGCAGCCUGCCUUUGACCAGCACAUGGAGCAACUCUUGAACGAGUACGGCCGUGUGUUUGUACUGGACCUGCUGGGUACGCGCGAUGCAGAGGUCGCGCUGAGUCAGGCGUACGUGCAGCAUAUCGAGAAUCUCUUGCCCAACAUCCAGAGCGGAGAAGAGAACCAGCCGCUGCGCUAUCAUAACUUUGACUUUCACACGAUUGCCAAGGCCACGGGUGGCCUCGAUGGAGCGCGCGCCGAGCUCGAUCGCCUGAACAAUGUCCAGCUGCAGCGCCAGCACAACGGGUAUACGCUGGUACGUCUCGACCACGGGCGGCUUGUGCGCCUGGCGAUGCAGCAAGGUGUCUUUCGUGUGAAUUGCUUCGACUGCCUCGACCGCACCAACGUCGUGCAGGGUUGCCUCUCGCACGCAGCGCUGCGAGAGUUUUUCCGAGAAAUCAAGCGCGAUACGCAGGGCGAUGCGCGCGGAUGGCUAGGCAGCACGCCCGGUCUGCCCGAGCAGCUCUGGCCGCAGCACGGCCGCCUGUGGGCCGAGAAUGGAGAUGCGCUAUCGCAGAUCAGCACCGGCACCGGCUCGCUGAACUCGGACUAUAUGCGCACCGGCACGAAAAAGUCGUUUACGGGCCUCUUGAGCGACGCGGCGAAAAGCGCGAGUCGAAUGUAUAUGAACAACUUCCAAGACCAGAGCAAGCAACAGGCUAUCGAUACGCUGCUCGGCACGCGCAGCGGCCAGUCGCAAGUCCAGCUAUACGACCCCCUCUAUGCAGCGGUGGACGAGAAAAUGGCGCGCCGCCGCGACGAGUACGCGUCGAAAAAGCGGGUACACCUCUUUGUCGGCACCUACAAUGUGUGUGCGCAGCCCGCGCACCAGAACGCGCUGGGAGCGUGGUUCGACGAGCAUGACGUACGCAAGGCCGACGUGAUCGUGCUGUCCUUCCAGGAAAUUGUGCCGCUCACCGCGCAGCAAAUGCUCUCGUCCGCCGCUGAGCCGAUGCGGCAGUGGGAGGCGGCAGUUCUCUCGGCAUUGAACCGCGGUACGACAUCGUACAUGGUUCUGCGUUGCGAGCUCCAGUUUGCCACCUCGCUCCUGGUCCUGGUGCACAGCGAGAUGCUGCCGCAUGUGCGCAACGUCGAGGCGACCUCGAAAAAAACCGGAUUCCGGGGCAUGAGUGGCAACAAGGGCGGCGUUGCGGUGCGCAUGGAUGUGUUUGACACGGAAUUCUGUUUCGUCGGUGCGCACUUGGCCGCAGGCAAUUCGAACGUCGACGAGCGCAACGCCGACUACCAGAGCAUUGCGCGGGGCAUCCAGUUUCCUCGUGGACGCACCAUCGACUCGCACACGCACGUAUUCUGGGCGGGCGAUCUGAACUACCGCUUCGACCAGCUGAGCAGCGACGAGGUGCGCGCGCUCUGUGCCGAGCUUACGCCGGCCACGUACGAGGGCGAGGCGCCGACGUCGAACCGCGUCCUCGACAAGCUCUACGCACACGAUCAGCUCAAGAGCGCCCAGGCGUCCAAGGCGGCGUUUGCCGAGUACAACGAGGCGCCGCUCUUAUUCCGCCCUACGUACAAGUACGACGUGCACACAGAUACCUACGACUCGUCGGAGAAGGCGCGCGCCCCUGCGUGGACCGACCGCAUUCUGUGCCGCAGUCGCGACGAUGCGCUUCCUUUAUCUAUCAAGAGGUAUGGAUGCGCGGACGUGCGUGUGAGCGAUCAUCGCCCCGUUUUUGCGGCGAUCGACGCGACUGCGUACGCCGUCGACACGGCUAAGCGCGCUGAGAUGCGCAAGAACGUCCUCGCGACGAUGCCGGGCACGCCGGCGCAAAAGAGCGUCCUUCCCCGCCCCUCGGACGAGCUCCAGCAGUGGUGGAAUGACGGCACGCCGCUGGCACCCGUGCCCGACACGACGCCGGGCAACCCGUUCGAGGCGGCCCCCACACGUACCAUGAUCGGGGGGCCCGAUACCCCUGCUCCGCCGAUGCCCCCGCGUCCCCGCGCCACGGCACCGAGCUCGGAGGCGCCGAGCGUGCCUCAAUCCUUUAGCACUUCGCCCAGUCGUCCUGCGCUGCACCAAUGGCUGUGGAAGCAGCGCAUAGUCCGCUAUCCCACCUACUGUGUGGGUUCACUGGUCUUUUCGGUGGUGACGAUUAUGGGUGGUCUUUUGAUCUACGAUUCGUUUACCUACCAUCGUGUCGAUGUGAAGCACACCGUGAUCCCCAAUCUGAUGGAGUCGGAGCGUGGCGGUCCCGAAAACCUGCCGAUUCUUCCGUUCAACCCCACGCAGCAGAAGGCAGAGCCCGGCAAGCGUAAAGAGCGCCUGGUGAUUGUCGGUGGUGGCUGGGCCACGGUCGGUAUGCUCGCCAAGCUCGACAAGGAUGCGUACGAUGUCGUGGUGGUGAGCCCCACGAACUACUUCCUCUUUACUCCCCUGCUGCCCUCGGUGGCUGUCGGUACGGUCGGUGUGCGUUCGGUGAUCGAGUCGUUGCGCAAGUUGCUGUCCAACCGCAAUGGCCGCUACGUGCAGGGUGCGGCGCGCCGCCUCCGCCCCGCGUCCGAGCUUGACAGCCGUACGCUGGCCAGGACGGAGAACGCGGCAGGGCUGCUUGCUGUCGAGGUGAUUUCGUCCGAGUGGGACGGCGACAUGGAAGCGUCCAACCACACGCCGGUCGAAUCGUCGAUGAUCUACGUGCCGUACGACAAGCUGGUCGUCGCUGUCGGCAGUGUCACGAGCACGGUCGGCAUCAAGGGCCUGGAGAACUGCCAGCGCCUCAAGACGAUGCGCGACGCUCAGUCGCUGCGCAAGCGCGUGAUUGAGAACCUCGAGAUUGCCUCGCUGCCGACGACCUCGAUGGAGGACCGCGCGCGCCUGCUCUCGUUUGUGGUGUGCGGCGGUGGCCCGACGGGUGUCGAAAUCGCCGCCGAGAUCUACGACAUGAUCAACGAAGACGUGCAGAAGCACUUCCAGCCGACGCUACAGAAGCUCGCGCGCGUCCACCUGAUCCAGAGCCGCAAGCACAUCCUCAACACCUACUCGGAAAGCAUCUCCGAGUUUGCCGAGCAGCGCUUCCGUAACGAAAACGUGGACCUGGUGACAAACGCUCAUGUGAACGAAGUCACGCCGGACAAGGUCAUCUACAAUGUCAAGAACGAGUUUACCGGCGACAUCGAGCCGCGCGAGGUGAUCUCGGGGUGCACGGUGUGGUCGGCAGGUAUCGCCAUGGCGCCGUUUACCAAGACGCUCGCCGAGGUGCUGCCCGACCAAGGCAAUCCCCAUGCGCUGCGUGUCGACAGCCACCUGCGCGUGCUCGGCACGCCACAGGGCACCGUGUAUGCAGUGGGUGACGCAUCGACCAUCGACAACGAUCUCGAGGGCUUUAUGCGCUCCAACUUUUCGCACUUCGACUCCGACCAUGACGGCGAGCUGACCAAGAUGGAGUUUGCCAACUUUGUCGGCAAGCUUCGCCGCAAGUUCCCGCUCGCGUCGGACCAGCUGAACGAUAUCGAGGAUUUGUUCGCCAAGUACGAUAAGGACCACAAUGGGCGCAUGUGCACCGACGAGCUGCACGACUUGAUCCUCGACGCGACCAAGGGGCUGACGUCCUUCCCCCCGACGGCUCAGGUUGCUAGCCAGGAGGGCAAGUACCUCUCCCGCAAGCUCAACGUGCUCUCCAAGCUCCGUGACGAGGGCCGCCUGCCGAAGCCCGAGGCGGGCAGCACGGAGCCUGUCGACAUUGACGAUGAGGUGUACAAGCCGUUCCGUUUCCACUCGCUCGGCAACGUGGCCUACCUCGGCAAUGCCGCGGCGUUCGACCUGCCGCUCCCGGGCCCGUUCCACACGCUGUUUGGCGGUCUGGCAGUGAUGUACGCGUGGCGCAGCGUGUACCUCUCGGAGCUCGUCACACUGCGCAUGCGCACGCUCGUGCUCGGUGACUACAUCAAGCGCGGUCUCUGGGGACGUGAUUUGACGUGGACGUAG